GUUUGCAGCAGUUCACUCUUUGCUUUCGCUCUUUGCUUUCACGACCUGAACCAUUCUUCUCAGAGUCAACCAAUUCACACUCGCUUCUGCUAGUUCGAGUCCGUCUACUAAGAAAACGUCACCUUCAACUUGACCACAUUCUUUACCUGGUUUCGGGGAACCUUCCUCACUCACUGUUACUGUCUGAUAGCUUCAAGGAGGCAGCUUCGUUAAAAACCAUAUUUAUUCAAUCACUUCCAAAAACCAUGAAGACCACUUUCUUUUAUGCAGUAGCAUUUUCCGCUAUAGAGCUGGCUCUAGCGCAACCUCAUCACCAUGCACACCGCCACGCCCACAAACGCAGCCUUGUCACUACAGUUGAAAUCAAAACGGUGACGGCUUCGGAUGUGACGGUGUAUGUGGACGAAGCAGGCGAAACGCUGUCAUCGAACAUAGAGACACCGACCGUCACGUUUGAGGCUAUUUCAGAGACCACAUCCGAACCCUCCAUUCAAACCGCCGAAAUUUCAAGCGUCAUUCAACCUGAAAUAGCUACAAGUUCUAAGACUCAUGUUCCAUUAGUAGAGAAGUCUCUAGCACCGCCAGCUGUGACCCCCAAACCGAUCGGUCUGCCCAUCAGUGUUGCAUAUAUCCCGAGCUCUAUUCCCGCUGUACCUUUACCUCUGCCCUCAUCGUCAAAUAACUUCCCCUUGGGCAUUGCCUAUUCGCCUUUCCUUGUUGGAGGAUGCAAAACAAAAGAGCAGGUAGCGGCAGAUUUCCUUAGAAUGGGCGAAUUUGGUAUUGUACGCCUGUAUGGUACGGAAUGCAACCAGAUCGCAUCCGGGGUGGCAGCAGCUAAAGCAACGAACAAAAAACUCAUCGUCGGGAUAUACGAUAUCAAGCAGGUCGAUGCAGCAGUCAAGGUGAUCAAGAAUGAAGGAGGGGAUUUUUCCACGAUCAAGCUCAUCACGGUCGGAAAUGAGGGAAUCCUCAAUGGUCAUCAGGCGUCAGAGAUCGUUGCGGCGGUCAAAGAGGCGCGAACAAAACUCGCAGCUAUCGGAUACAAGGGUCUGAUCAGCUCAGUGGACACAUUCGGAGACACGAUUGCACACAAAGAACUGUGUGACAACUCGGACAUCACGACGGUCAAUGCUCAAGCAUUCUUCACGAAUACAGUCACGGCCGACCAGGCUGGACAGUAUGUGCGGGACAGAGUGAAUGAUGUCCGGAAUGUGUGCGGCAAAGACAAGCUAGUUGUGGUCACAGAGUCUGGCUGGCCGAGUUCAGGUGAUCCAAAUGGCGCAGCAGUUCCGGGCCGGACGCAACAGAGGAUGGCUAUUGCUUCGCUGAAAGAGAAGUUCAAGGACGGUAACAUGGUUCUCUUCUCUGCGUUCAACGACGAGUGGAAAACCGACACGGCCGCAACGUUCAACGCAGAGAAGCACUACGGGAUUCUGGACCAGUGAGCACAUCGUGCUUGCACUGUUGCUAUGUACUGGACUUGAGUUCUCCUGAUCCAGUUGAUAGAUAUAUUUUGUCCGCUGCAGGCUGAGAGUCUUGGACAGUUGAUCUGCUCGUCUCUUCUGCACUGCACUCUACCUAUUACCCUUUCUAGCGAGCGGCGCUCGACUGGUCGAGACUGACCUCGCGAC